GCUGGUAGAGGUGACAUAAAACGAACAUUUGAGAAGAACAGAUGCAACGAAUUCACUAGUACUACAAAUAAGGUACGAACUUUGACAUAUACAAAUAAAUCCUAUUGUCACUACAUGCCUUUUUGACAUUUUUAUCGGAACUUUAGUAUAGGUAAAUGAGAUUUCUAAUAUUUUAUGCUGUUAUUGUGAUAUUUUAAAUCGUUUUCACUGCUUGUUUUUGAGAACAAAACGUUGUUUUGUGCGACAAACCAUUGUUUGUCGAAAGAGUUAUUAAUGAAAAUGCAGGAAAAACUGCUUCCAUGUGAGAAUAAUAAUAAUGCUAUUGCGUGUGAUUCCAGUUCGACAAAGUUUACCAACCACUAUUCAACCGGCAUCUGUAUAGUUCUUUUCCAAUAUAGGUUGUGAUAUUUUUCAUGAUAUUGAGUGCUGGUGUAGCUAUACUUAUAAUUAUAGCCAAGUUAUACUCCUAUGCAUGUUGACUAUUCAUGUUAUAGUGUGUGUAUGUAUAUAGGUAAUAGUAUGGUUUUGAGUGCAAUUUGGAAAAAAACAUGUACGAGUGAGUUUUUCAAAGACUAUCGAGUAUUUGAAAAACUCACAAGUGUAUGUUUUUUUCAAAGUGCACGAGAAACCAUACUAUUACUUAUUAAUAAGAUACAUGAAAAAAUUAUGCAGUCACGAUAUUAAGAAAUUAAGAAAUUUGAAAAAUAGAAAAUUAAGAAAAUUUUUAAAAUUAAGAAAUUUGCACUGCAUUUCUUUUUUUGCACUGCAGUAUUUCAUUUUUUGGCACUGUAUUUCAAAAGAAUUGCACUGCUCAUAGUCAAUUAGAAUUGAGAAUUUUUUUCAUGUAUAUUAUUAGCAAACGAAUGAAUAGUACUCGGUACUAAUCGCUAACAAGCACGAGGUCAUUUUUAUCUAUAGGAGAAGAAGAAAAACAAAGCUUACAUGAUGGUGAAGCACAAAGUAAAGGGAAAAAAUAAACGUUCUUUCCGAGAAAAACAGGUGAGAUCAUCAUUCAGGUGAUUAUUACGGGAUCAUCGUACAUGCAUGCAUGUUAUUAUUGUGGCAUUAUAGUCUGGAGGUGUUCUGAAACAGUAGUAUUGUGCAACGAUUUUUGUAUUAUUUCACAAAAUAUAAAUCUGAAGAAUGAUACUGUACAUUUGGACUCCUAAUUAACUCUUUAAUAUUGUACUGGUAACUUUCUCGGCAAUGGAAUCUUUCAGUGAUGUUAGGUAGGCAGUGGCGGAUACUAAGCUGGGCUGGAAGAACCCCCCCCCCCCGCCCGCAAUAAUUUCUAAACGUCUUUGAAAGAUAGCUGAGUAUCGUCAGUGUAACAAAGCUGUAACAAUAAUUUUUCAACUAUGAAUUUAAAAGCAUUGGUAGGCUAAGCCUAUAUAAAUUAGGUAAAAAAGUCUAAAAAACUAAGAUUUCAAGUUACCAAUCGGCCAUCUUAAUUCGCCCCUCCCCCGCAAUAUUUCGCGAAGUGUCCGCCACUGAUGUCAGCCAGUAAAUUACUGAACGUAUUAAACUAAAAUCCAUUGGUAGUGGGUUUGACUACCUGAUGUCGAUAAACUUGCCAUCUGUUGUGGCGUAUUAAAUCUCUUAAUAAAACUCUGACAAUCACUCUAAUCCCCGCAACGAAUAGGCCAGUGAGUUUGUCAAAUCGUUGGUAGAGGAUCCCACAUCUUAAAAACACACGUGUUGUGUUGCAUUGACCUAUCAUGGUUUGCGCCUGAUCUAUCUGAAGAUGUGUUUUUAUCAGUGUGUUUGUUAUAAUUUUCAGAUAGUUCAGUUCAAAUCCGCGACAACAUAAAAUAGUACCUACAUUGAACCCUCAGGUUUAAGAUAUGUGCCAGCUACCUUUUAUCUUUAUGCAUAGUCUGUGGUUUUUACAUGCAUUUCCGUUAUAUAGAUUGCACUACGUGACUCUCUUAUCAAGAAGAAAAGAAAAACGAAAUUUUAG